UUUGUGUUUCUAUAUAUGUAUAUGGUCUUUGAACUUAUUGCCGAUCAUGCAGAUUCGAUGUUAAUUUUUGUAAGCCGAACUCUAGUUUCGGCUAAAUUGUAUGAUAUCGUCCCUAAAUGUCAUUUUCUAUUGCAAGACGCAAAGCGAAUUAAAACUCAAAUCGAAAGCAAACGCAGCAUAACAAAUAAGCUCCAAAAAAUAAGCUCCAAAAAAUAACAACCUAAGCUCUAAAAAAUAACAACAGGAUUAAUUCUUGAGUUAUAUCCUGUGAUAAGCAUCUUCCUUAUAUAAUUUAUUAUUUCAAUUAUUGUAUACUUUUAAAAUAUCAGAUCGAUAAAGUUACAAUUUAGGCGAAGGAAAUAAGUCCUUUUGCUAGCCCCUGGCUGGAGAGAUUAUGAGAUUUUUCCAGAAAGAUAGCUCAAAUGGGAGUUCCAAAAGUAAUCGACGAGAUUUCCUAAAGUGAUCAACUACAGUAAAAUGAGCUUUUGUGAGGUAGAAAGUUUUAAUCUUUUUUUGUUUUUCUUGAGCG